AUGCUCCCAACGCUCGCCAUCAUACUCCGUCUCAUAACGAAAUUUGCCCGGCUAUCACCAUGGGGUUGGGAUGACUACACUAUUAUUGUGGCAUACAUUCUGCUUGUGGCAUAUGUUUCCCUGCACGUCUUCCUCGAAGAUAAUGGUGCCGGUAGAGAUCUGUGGACUCUAAGCGACUCACAGAUUACCCACUUCUUCAAGGGCUUCUACGCACUACAAACCUUGUACCAUGGCUGCAUCGACAUCAUCAAGGCCUCGAUUCUCUUCAUGUACCUUCGAAUCUUCCAUCUACCUGGCGAAAAGAUCACCAUUGCUUUAUGGGUCACGCAAGUCCUCAACCUCAUGAACGGCAUCAUCUUCAUCUUUGUCGGUCUUUUCCAAUGCAACCCCAUCAGUCUUGCAUGGACAUUUUGGACAGGAGAUGCGACUGGAAAGUGUAUCGACAUCGUCUACCUCGCGUUGGCACACGCAGGUAUCAACAUUGCGCUGGACGUUUGGAUGCUCAUUCUUCCCCUAACACAAGUUUGGGGCAUGAACCUGGCUCGCCGCAAGAAGUUCGCAAUCAUGUUCAUGUUCAGUCUUGGCAUGUUUCUCACAGUUGUGAGCUGCAUCCGGAUCAAAGCAAUCUUGGACUUCAGGAAAGACCCGCUGAAUCCUACCGUGGCCAUGAUGCCGAGCGUCAUCUGGACAGACCUUGAGCUGUACGUGGGGAUCUUCACGGCCUGCAUACCGACACUUCGUCAAUUCUUUGUCCGAUUUAUACUUCGACAGUCGGAGAAGAAGAAGCGCUUGAGCUCGGCUGUGGCUGAGUACAGAGGCUCGAUGCUCACUCCCAAAAAGGGCGGGUCGCAGCAGAUAAGCGAGCUUGACACUAUAGAUGACAGCUGCCACAAUAAUUCUCCGUGA